CACCUGCCCUGGCACAGGAUCUCACCGCUCGGGGCGUGGUCAGCUGAAUUCCCUUUGGGCCGCGGCUGAUUCCGGAGAAAACAGCAGGGGACUUUCGGCCCUGAAGUGGCGUUUGUUCCAUGUGAAGACGGACUUCCCGUUCUGCUCUGUUUCUUCUGAUCAUUUUCACCUGGACAACAGCACGAUGCGAGAGUUUCACCUGAACGAUACGUGCAAAAAUGGGUCUGUGCUGACACUGUGGUGUGGAUCCCAGACAGCUGUGUGUUUGGUCACCACAGAUCAAACUCUGAUCCUCACACACCUGAACAACAGUCGACAACCAGGUAUGCAAACUUACAGUUCCUACAACAUGUGGCUGGGAUUAGCUGUUGCACUGCUUUCGUCCUUCCUGAUUGGUGGAAGUGUCAUCCUGAAGAAGAAAGCUCUCAUCCGAUUGGCCAGCAAUGGACACACUAGAGCAGGUGAUGGAGGAUAUGGCUACCUUAAAGACUGGCUGUGGUGGGGAGGCCUGUUGACCAUGGGAACCGGAGAGGUGUGUAAUUUUGCUGCCUACAUGUUCGCUCCAGCCACACUGGUGACUCCCCUGGGAGCGCUCAGUGUCCUCAUCAGUGCGGUUCUCUCCUCCCACCUGUUGGGGGAGCAGUUGAAUGUGGUGGGAAAGUUUGGCUGUCUGCUGUGUGUACUUGGGAGCAUUCUGUUGGUCAUUCAUGCCCCACAAGAAAGAGAAGUGACAUCAAUACAGGAUAUGACCAAUAAGUUGCUGGAGCCAGGUUUCCUGGUCUAUGUUGUGGCAUUAUUGGUUCUGUGUGCGGUUCUGGUUUUGUAUUUCUGUCCACGUUCCGGUCGUUCCAACAUCCUGAUCUACAUCGGCAUCUGCUCGUUGCUGGGAGCCUUCACAAUAUCGUCGGUGAAGGGCCUCGCCAUAGCCAUCAACACCGUGGUUUAUGACACCUCUGUGCUCAGCCACCCUCUUACGUGGAUCCUGCUCCUCACCCUCAUUGUUUCAAUAGUAACACAGGUGAACUACCUUAACAAGUCUCUGGACACCUUCAACACCCUGCUGGUAUAUCCUAUCUACUACGUCCUCUUCACCUCUGUGGUCCUUUCCACCUCCAUCAUCCUCUUCCAGGAGUGGAGCAGCAUGUCUGCCGUGGAUGUGGUCACAACGCUGGGCUCGUUCCUGGUCAUCGUGGUGGGUGUGGCCUUGCUGCACCUGUUCAGGGAGCUGCAGAUUACAAUGAAGCAACUGACCAAUCAGCUUUCUCAGCCAGUGGAGAGGGAGGGACUUACAGAAGAGGUCACAACCAAUGGAAGAGGAGGAAGGAAUAAAAAGGAGGAUAAAUAUGGACUGAUGGACAAUGUAGUGAUAGAAAGUCUGCCUCCUAUGACAGAGGAAGGACCCAGAGUCUUCAUAAUCAGCUGAAAAAGAGAAUUCCAGAGGUUUCUGCACUGUUACUUGAUAUUUCCUGCACUUUUUCAAACUUUUGCCGCCAUAUUAGUUUAUGCUAUAGGUCCCUCCAAUCUCGCAUGAUGGUAUUUAACGGUACAGUACUAGUCGACCUUUUUAAUUUGUAAAUAUUUAAGAAAUCUUGCCGGUAAAUACCAAUUUAGUAGAAGGUUCAAAUUAUUUAUUGGAAAUAAGUACUUUAGAGCCCACACAAAAUAUGCCGUCAAAGAAAUAAUAAAUAAUAAUAAAUAAGACAAGUCGACAGAAUACAAGAAAAUACAAAAAAUUGAUCAAAGUUUACCAUCAAACUGGUUAGUUAAAUAAUAUCAAACUGCUCCUCAUAGCUGUCAUUAACCUGGAGCAUUUUAAAGAUUUUAUUCUUUUUGAUCAUACGAGUCGACAACAUUAAAUUAUCAGAUGAGUUAGUGUCUUCUGUUAUGGACUCCAAAUUGGCUCUGCCUUUUUUUCACAGGCAGUUUGGCUGGAAAGAGUUUUUCCAUGAUGUCUCAGGCUGUUCAUAAAUCACCAGUUGGACCCAAGAAGAGUCCCAAGAAGAUGUUAAUUGAAAAGACCAUCAUGGCACCAAAGAAGGUUUUUUGCAGUUGACCUUUUACCCCUAAUACGUUUUUCAAAGUUUUUGUGCUACUAGUGGCCUUUAUUAAACAGUAGAAAGGAAGAAAGGCAGAGAGACUAAAUAAAUUAAAAAGUCAAAUAUAAUUAAAUAUUGCUUUAAAAUGGUGAUUAUCUACAUUUCCAACAUGUACACUUGCUGUGACAACUUGUCAUAGGAGGAGGCUCACAUUUUCAUUUUGGCUGUUUUAAACAGACAUAGUGUCCUAAUUUAUUCAUCAUAAGAAAGAUGGUAUUAGUUUAAUAGGAAGCAUUUUUAAUCACUUAAUCACCAUUUUUCAAGGGUGUCAUUUAUUUGGGUGUUGUUUCACGCUCUGUGUGGCCUCAUUGUUGGAAACAAGGAAAACAAAAUAAGAUUUUGGCUGUUAUGCAGGGCACUGUGCUGCUUUCAAAAUGAACAGCUUAACUUUUGUUUUGGAACUGGACUGGUUAGAAGACUCUUCGCUUUUGGUAUGAUUACCUACCAUUGCAAAUAUUAGCUCUGAGGCACUACCUUGCUUAGCAACUCUGAGGUCUAUUAAGUGUGGGUCUGCUUUCUCUCCUGGGCUGCUGUUUUUUGAAAUCCCUUCAAAAAAACUGAUGGAAGACAUCUCAGCUUCUGCUUGAAGUGUUUGGUGACUGAAACUAGUUUCUUUCAGCUAAAGUUGUAGACAUUCAUUAAUGUUUUAUUUUAUGUGUUAAAAUUACAAUUGAGGUACUAAUUAAAACAGAUAUCUCACAAAUGAGGUUAGAAAUGGGUCAAGCGACAUUUUCUUCUAAGUUAUUGUUCCAGUUGUCUGAGAUUCAGUAUCGUUAAGAGCCUUUCAUGACAACUGCUUCUUAGUAGAGGAACAUAGACAUUAGGCCUGCAACUAAGAAUUAAAUUGAUUCAUCUUAUCAAAUUUUUUCUAACAAUUGAUUAGUCAGCAAAAACAUUUAUUUCCACUUCUGAACUGCUAAACAGGAACAAAAGUUGAGAGUUUGAAGAAGUUUAACCAUUUUCUUCCAAAAGUAAUCCUCCAUUUCACUUUGUUUUCAGAAAUGGGUGAAACCACACCCCCACUGAUUUGUGUAAAUGGAGGAUAGUUUCUAUGUGCUGAAUUAUCUUUUGCUUUGAAAAGGUGGGUGAAUUUAAUUACACAAUAUGUGAUCAAUCUGAAUAUUAUAUGAAAAUGCAAUAUUUACAUUUUGAAAAAUAUAUUUAGUAUACCGAACUAUCAAAUAAUCGUGACAGUUAAGGAAGCUUUUUGGUUUUCAAAAUGAGACUCGACACCUCACCUUUGUGCAGAUUCUCUUACUGAAACAACUCAGAAGAAUUUAUAUCAAGACCAUCAGCAGUUGAUUUGAAUAAAGCUUAUUUCAUGAAAACUUAUAUAAUUUUUAUAUAUAUUUUUGUGGUUUAGCUUUAUCUAAAGUUCUAAAUCCAUAGGGCAGGGAGAAAUGCCUAUUUAUUUUGACCUUUGACUUUCAGUUGACAGAAUUAUUCUUUACAUGAAAGACUACAGUAUAUCUUAAAAAGGAUACAAUACAUUUCAAAAGAAUUCAUAAACAACUGAAGUUUUAAACACAAUCCAAUUUAACACCUCUGACAUUUUUACUUGUUAAAAUUGUCAUUAAGAGUUUGUUUUAAUUUGAAUUAAUUUAGUCUAUUUACUGAUUUAAAGGUGUGCUGUUGUCACAUCUGGGCCUCAUCAGGUUGAUCAAUUGUGAUCCCCCUUUGUGUUGCUGUCAUCAGACUGUGCCAUGGAGAAACACAUUACUGAUAAUGAAAUGUUUUUUGUCCUGAUGUCUCACUCUCCUCUGAGCUGAAGACUGGAGUAAUGAAGCAGACAAAACUCAGGGUGAGUUUGACCUUGUAAAUGUAGGUAGGUCAAAAACAGUAGAUCAAGAUGUUGAAAGUGAGCAUUUGCUGCUGAACACAUUUAAGUUUGUGAAGCUUAGAGGAACCAAAGAACAAAUAAAAUUUUUGUUUCAGAAUUCA